AUGGCUUCAUCAAUCGUAUAUAUCAUGCCUAAGGAUAUAUCAUGUGAAGGUACACACAUCACCACAACCACAUCCAACACAUCCACCGCCCACUCAUCCCAACCCCACACCACACACACCACUCACACCAUUCACUCCACAGAACGCUUGAUAGGCAUGGAUGUCUUACCAUCUGAUCCAGAAUUAGCCAAAACAGUGCUGACAUGUGAAGGCGAUCUCACGGACCCGGCCUUCCCAUCACGACUCAAACAAAUCAUAUGCAAACUAAAACGGCUCGUCUCUAACGAGAACAAGAAGUCCUUCCAAGUGACCAAAGUUGAGCCCUGGAAUAGCGUUAGAGUCACUUUUAAUAUACCUCGAAAUGCCGCCCAACGGCUCCGACAGUUGGCCCAACGCGGAGACAACACCUUAAGAGAGUUGGGAAUACUGUCGGUCCAAAUAGAAGGCGAUCAGGUUAUAACGCUUACUCUGGCCAACAGUUUCGAUGAUAAUCGCCAACAGUUACUGAUAAACAAAUCGAGUGAAUCAGUUGUGAACAGUGCGAGUGUUAUCUCUUCAUCAUCAGUGAACUCUUCAGCAAUUAAUAUAAUCAGUGAAUUAGCGGUGAAUUACAAUAAUGUAAACAAUAUAACGUCCAAUAGUAGUAGUGUCUCAUCUCUGGUCUCGAACAAUGACUUGAACGGUUCGCCUUCGAGCGGAUCUAGUGUUGAGAUAACGCGUAAAAAUAUAGCACAAUAUUUAAGUCAACAACACAUAGAUGUGGUCAACACCACAGCACUCCUCCCAAACAGUGUUGAAUUGCCUGCGUUUCGGUCGCCUAAUGUUGUGGCGCCGAUCAACUCAGAGCCCAUACCUUACUUGAGCACCAGCUCUACAGUGACAUCACAACUGUCAACAUGUGUGUCAUCGACUGCCAGCACCUGUACUGCCGACAGUCUGUCUGCGGUCACCUCCAUAGCGAACUCAUCAAACUAUGGUCUGUUCCCGUUUGCAAGUAUGCAGCACUCAUACCAAGCAAUGCAUACCAAACAGGGACUCAAUCCCUCUCAUUACACACCUGUCCAACGGCUAAACCAAGUGAUUACGACCGCGCCUUCUGUUCGCUUGCCAUUGAACACCAGUCACACCACAACUACCCAAUCACUCCACAACAGCAUCCAUACCACACCUCCCGUUCCCAAUGUUAGCUCAACGUUCGCUUCGGUCACCACUAACUCACAACUCAACUCUUCUAGAGAUGCAAAAGGUGUAAGAGUUAGUCGAGCCCUACCCUCGCAACCGACCCAAUCCGCACCCACACUGAAGUCUCAGACACCGCCACAAACACCGCCGACGUUAGGCAUGACCUGUGCUGUUGUCAACAGUGCUUCGGCUAAUGUCGCGCUUACGAGUCCUCUUCUGGUGAACCUUUUGCAAAGUGACGCCACUUCUGGACAUAUGAAAGGACCCACACCUCAGACCUCAGCUCAUAAUCAAAUGAAUACAUCAACUGAUUUGUUGACACAAAAGCGAAAACCGAGAAAAAGCCGGAAAUUGAAAGAUAAGGUCGAAACAGAAACGACUCAAUCGUCUUAUUUUGUGAAUACAAAUGUUGUGACCCAGACGUUGACACCAACCACUUUGCAGACAUCUGUUACGACCACUUCUAACAGUUCCCCAGCACUCAAAUUCUUGCCGUCCACUCCAUUGACACCACAGUCAUCAAUGGAUCCACAAAUGCAAACCCAGUCUUCAUUUAAUAUAUCUCCACACUUAUUAACCAUUCCUAUGAACUCAAUGUCCAGAUACCCAUCAAUACAUCCCGAAGCACAGGGACAGCCACAAGUGGUGAGGGCGGGUCACCUCCCUAUCCGUUCUCAGCUGUCGGCCGCAAAAGUUGGUUCGCCUCCGAUAGUGACCACUCAUCUCCGGAAACCAAUAUUUGUAACGACAAGUCAGGCGCCCGACAGUAAACCCAAUCCAUCAUUGAAUGCACACUCGAAUCUGCAAAAUGACGACAAAUCUAGUCCUAAAGCAAAUCCCAAUCCAAUUCCCAAUACAGACAAGAAUAACGAUUCAAAACCAGUGUUUCCAUCGCCACCGACGACAAGAAUGACUGGGAAAACAAAGCAUUUGAUUAAUCCAUUUACCGGUCUUUUGGAACCAAUGCUUAGUGAUGAGGAAGAGGAGGACCGGACAUCACCGGCGGCCGUAUUUCCAGAAUUAGACACUGGAUCUGAUAUCGGAGGCAAUUCUGAGAGGAGUUUAUCCGAUGCGGGAAGUAAUGGCAAAGAUAACAACCAUUCGUCUGAUACUGAUUCUGGAUUAGGAAAAUCAGGAACAGACGUGUCGUCACAAUCGUCUACAGAUGUUGGGAAUGGCGAUAACCACUCAAUUAGUGCAAAAGCAGGUGUGCCUACAAAUGAUGGCACGUCUUCUAGUGAUCCAGCAGUUGAUAACUCGAAACUGAAAGUAAAAAUUGAACCCAAGACUGAUUGUCUCAAAAAGGAAUCUUUUGUGACAACUUCUUCACUCAAUACAGCAAUUCAUCCGAGAAAUCAUUUCACAAUACAAAAGUCAAGCGAUUCAUUGAACCCAUUGUUGACCGGGUGUUCGACCACUCAGUUAUCUGAUGCCAACCCCACAGUUAUGACUGAACCUCGUGUUCCUCCGCUGCACAUCUCAAUCCGUGGCCCAAACUCUGCUGUCGUUGUGUCCAACAGAAGGGAGAGUACGAGUGAUAUCGAGACGAAGACCACAGUGUCUAAGAAGGCAAGAGCUGUUCGCACGACGAGAGCGGUGUCUGUAGAGUCAGGUUUAGGCACCGAAUGUACAAAUUUGAAUAAAAACCAAAGAAAAAAAUUGCAAAGAGAACAGCGCUUCCUCUCAGGCGGUGGUAUUGUCACAACCACUUCAUCUCUCUGUGCCUCAUCUCCCAGUGUCGAGUCAUUACUGGAUAUUAACCAAACUGUCAAUGACUUGUCUUUCACUCUAAAUGUGUCGAAAACGCCUUUGAAUGAUACGACAGACACACUGUUCUCGCCAUCAUCUGAUGUCAGCUCUAAUUGUGCUCAAAACCAAUCUAAUGAUCGUAACAGUAAUAAUGAUAACAUGAAUGACUCGACAAACAUAUCCACAAAAUGUGUGCCUCUUCUCAAUUCAGAUGAUAAUUGUCCACAAAAUAGUGCAAUACGUGUGACAACUGAUACGUUAACAAAAACUGAUCUCUUAAAUGAUGAGACAAUUGUUAGCAAAACAACUAAUGAUUUGCCUUCAAUGGUAAACAGUUUAAGUACCAAUUCAUCCGAAGACAGUGAUUCCAUUGGAGAUAAAUUAGAUUCCAAUUCCACAAUAAGUCCAUUAACGCCGACCAAUCAAUUGCUUGAGUCAAACGUUCAGAAGUGUCAUAACAACAACGAAACUGUUAACUCAGAGCCAAUCCAUUCCCAAACGAUGGUCUCUUUGACUCCAAUCGAUGGUCACAAAGAAGUUAUUGUUAAAGAGGAAGAGAAAUGUACUGAAAAACCGAAAACAAAAUGUCGAAACUCUUCGGUCGCAGCUGUGGUGACAGUUGAGCCGUUGACAGCCAACACACAAACGAUUGCAAAUAAAAUCUCGAGAAUUACACGAAUUAAUUGCAUUCCCUCUUCAAUACCCGCUUUAGUGAAUACACGAGAACUUAAUUCUGUUAGAAAUACAAGUGCUCUGCACUCAAAAGAUGUCAACUCUUCUCAUAAUCAUCUCUCAGAAGACUCGACACUAUUAGAGGAAGAAUUGGAUGAGAGGAUAGAAAUUAAAGAAUCGCUUCCUAUUGUCACUCAAAUCACUUCAAAUAUGGGCCAAAAUGUGGACAAUUCUGAGGCUCAUGAAAGUCCGACCCAUUUGUUGAAUUCUUCUGACAAAUUAAGCGCUGAUAAUGGAAAUCAAAUCAGUUGUAACGCUAUUAAUGCCAGCAAUACUUCCAGUGAUUUAAAUGAGAUUCAAAUUAAUAAUGUAGUCAACAGUGAAGAAAAUGUAAGCGAAAUGAGAAUACAAAGUGAGUGUCAAUCAAAGCAAACCAUUAAAACUGAGGUCUUAUCUGAUCGACAACUGCCAGAUAAGAGCGAGAGCUCUAUAGUUCCCUCGACUCAUGAAUUGCCUAUAAUUAACACAACUGUUUCUAAUCAAUUGGUUUCUCAAAUCACUGCCACUCAAACUAUAGAAAACACUUCUUCAGACAAAACUCCAAUAAACAAUCCUUCGGUUGAUUGUAAUAACGAAACCAUUUUAUUACCGAAAGCGUUAGACUCUGAAAACAAGACAUCACUUGAAAAGGCCUCAGAAGUGAAAACGAUAACAAAUUGUGUGACAACCGCUUGUAGUAGUAUUGGUAGUAAUAGUAGUGGUGGUAAUGAUAAUAAGGUUUCGGUUAACGCAAACUUAGAAAGCAGUGAAACUAAAGCUAUCGCUAACGAAGAGACGACUAAACAGCCGCUUCAGAUCGUUAUCUCAACUGCUGUGCCUUCUUUGACGACUACAACAUCCACUUCAAUGUUUUCGCAUUUAAAGUCCGGAUCACUCGAGAGUGGAAGUCGUGUUACACUCAUUACAUUCAAACCAAACCUCAAUUCUCCCAACAGUUCGUCAAUAAAUGCGGGAAAAACGAGUCAUUUUACGAGUAAUUCGUUAACAAAUGCUUCGAAAGGCGUUCCCUUCAAAUUGCUUACAAUUCCUUCGGGAAGCGGAGGCAUAACAGUUAGGUCUGCGGCCAAUAAGUUAGUCGAACUCAUCAAUUCGACCGCUUCUCCGGGCUCUCCAUUAUCUCCCAAUCACUUGUCAUCGACUGGUUCUCCUCUACCAAUCAACACGACGUCACCUCCGGUCCGACUCUUAGUUAGCAAAAUGGCCACAACUGGUGGCGUCACUCAAGCGGGUGUUCCCGUGUCGUCGGCCGGCAAUUCGAUCGGUCAACUCGUUGUAGUCAAGUCUGUGGUUGUGACCAAUCCUUCGCCUUCUAUUAAAUUGGUUCCCGCAAAGAGUCCAUCCGUUAAUAAUUCUUCAAUUCUAAUACCUGUGACGCGAAAUAACAGUCCAAUCGAGUCGUUGAAUGCAAACAACAAUAGCGAACAAAAACCUAAAGAUUUGUCUCAUUUUCUCAAAUCAAAUCAAAUGAACAAUAAUUGCAUCACAAAUGCCACGAGUAAUGCCAUCACUAAUGCUAAUAAUAAUGCCAUCAAUAAUGACAACUCAAGCAAUGAAAGUGAUGUUCAAAACCAAGACAGUAAUUCAGGAGAGAAUUGCUUAUCAGCAGAACCCGUAGAUCUUACUGUUCAGUGUAUGGACGGCACAGAAAUGAGAAUCAUUGAAGACAAUGAUAUUGAAGGCGUUCCUCGACUUAUUAAUUCUUCAAUGAUUUCCGAUAAUGAAAUACCGAGUGAUGAAGACGUUAGUGACGGCAAUACGUUAACGCAUUCCGUCGCUUCCGAUCACAACUAUAUUAUGAAGAAUUCAAAUGAAGGCCUUGAAGACGAAGAGGUCGACGAGUCUGUACUCAAUCUGUCGAAUACCACUGAAACCGACAAUUCGGAUGUUUUAGGAGAUAACGACACCUCAAAUGACUAUAAAUCAAAUGACUAUCAAAACGAUCAUUCAUUAGACCAUCAAAUGAAGCCAAACCAAGACUUGCAGUCGCGUCCAAACAAACGCAAGAGUUCUGAGAACGCGGCCGGACUUAUCAAAGCCUGUUUGGAAGACAACCCUAAGAAGAACUCGUCGUUUAAUUACUCGUCUUUCACUGUAUUGUCUGGAGUGCCGAUGCGGUCGCCAACCAUAUCCAGCAGAACCAGAGCCUCGUCUGUUGACAACGACUGUGUCAUCACCACAACAGUCACUGAAGCGUCUGAA